AUGCAUUCAAGUGGAAGAAUCGAAAGUAGACCUUUCAAGAGAAAAAGACCAUCUACAGACCAAGAAUUAUCUAAACGUGUCAGAUCGGAUAGCAGUGAAAUCCAAACCGAAGAUGAGCAGGAUCGUAUACUACUAUUGGAGAGAGAUAUACUCGCAUCCAAAAAAAACUAUAACAGCAUAGCAACAUUGAUCCAAAUCUUCGGAUCUACUGAAAGAGACCUUGACUCUGCACUACUCGCUGCGGUCUCAUUAUGUAGAAUCUUUACGCGACUUUUGGUAACUGGAAGCAUGUCGAAACAACAGAAGACAUCAGAGAAAGCAACAGUUGUAGUCAAGUGGCUCAAAGAUCAAUACCUAAAGUACAAGAAAAUCCUCACUCAUUUACUUUCCGAUGACGAGUUAUCAUCAACAGCGUUAAAUAUAUGUAUGAAAUUAUUAAAGACUGAAGGGCAAAACUCCAGUACCAGCACUGACUAUGAGUUUCCAACGCCUUCUCUGCAUGCUGUUGUGCGAGUAUUGGUUAAUACUGGAGAGUUCAAUAAUGUGAGAAAUGAGUUCGCUCAGAACUAUGUGGAUGUGUAUGACGAUAUAAGGUUUUACACAUUUGAGGCUAUAGAAAAGAUAUUGAAGGGAGAACCAGAACAACUUCAUUCCAAAAUAGUUGUAGAGAAUUGCUUAGAGAUUCUGACAUCUGUACAGUCUGUCCCUGAAUCAAAUGAAGAGUUAAAGAGUUUUUACAUAUCUAAACCUCCAAAUGCUACUCACGCAUUAUACUCUCUUACCCAGCACAAAAAACGAUCCCAAGCUACAUGGCUGGCUCUCAUGCGGCUUGGUGUAGAUAAAAAUCAGAGAAAGAUUAUAUUGAAACUGAUGGCCGAUUCGAUUGCACCUUGGUUCAACAAACCGGAGCUACUAAUGGAUUUUUUAACAGACUGCUAUGACGCAGGUGGCUCGACGUCUUUAUUGGCAUUAUCUGGCGUCUUUUACCUGAUUCAGCAAAAAAAUUUAGAUUAUCCGUUGUUCUACAAGAAACUCUAUUCAUUGCUUGACAGUGAAAUACUACAUUCAAAGCAUCGAUCAAAUUUUUUUCGGCUUCUUGACACUUUUCUGGGAUCAACUCAUUUACCUUCAUCUUUAGUAGCCAGCUUUUUAAAAAGAAUUUCUAGACUGGCAUUAGCAGCUCCGCCAUCUGGAAUCGUUGCCGUUAUCCCUUGGGUGUACAACCUUCUCAAAAGACAUCCAACAUGUACUUUUAUGAUCCACAGAGAAAUAAGAGAUUCAGCAACAAGGAAGAAAAUUGAAAUGGAUGGUGCUAAUGAUCCAUUCAAAAUGGAACAGGAAGACCCCAUGGAAACAAAUGCAAUCGAAAGUAGCCUAUGGGAAAUAUCAAUGCUUCAAUCACACUAUCAUCCAAACAUAGCCACUUUAGCGAAGAUAAUUUCAGAGCAGUUUACCAAGCAAUCAUAUAAUAUGGAAGAUUUCCUCGAUCAUUCUUACGGAAGUAUGUUAGAAGCAGAAAAUUCUAAAGAAAUCAAAAAGAUCCCUGUCAUAGAGUUUCGGAUACCGAAGGUGAUAUUUACGGGAAAGGAAUCUGAGACAGAUACGAAGGAAUGUCUGAUAGAAAAACUAUGGAGAUUUUCGUAA